CCGACAGCGCCGUGGGAACACCCUGCCUGCCUGCCUGCCUGUGUGUGCGCGCCGACCGCCGCGGCUCUCCACAGCGUCGCUAGGGGACAGCGCCACUGCCACCUAAGUCACCACGUGCGUGUCCCAGAGGCAUGUAGAUCGCUGAGCGGCAGACCGGCGAGAUGGCAGCGACGGUGGCGGCACCGGCGGAGGUGAAGCGCGAGGUGCGCCAGCAGCGCGCCAAGAUGUCGCUGCGCCGCAAGAGGGCGCUGGCGCCGCUCCAGCAGCAGCAGGUCAACGGCCUCUACGUGCACUCCAGCCCGCCCAGAGUGGUGCAGAUGAACCCGAGCACGAUUCGGCAGUGGCUGCGCGGUGGCGACCUGGAACGGCUGGAACAGGUGGUGCUGGAGGGCCACGGCCACCGUCUGGUGGGGGAGUACAGCCCGGAGCCCAGGGUGCGCGCCUUUCUCAAGACCGUGCCGGACUACAUGGCGCGGAUCGAGCUGGUGCACGACGCAGCGUCGCGCGGGGACCUGGAGGAGCUGCAGUCGCAGCUGCAGGAGGCGGGCGGCUUCCGGCGGCUGGCGCAGAGCAAGGACGCGGCGGGCCUGGGGCUGGCGCACAAGGCCGUGCUCGCCGACGACGAGCGCAUGCUGCGAUGGUUGCUAGACGCGCAUCCCGCCGCCGCCGGCGUCAAGGACCGCGAGGGCCGCACGGCGCUGCACUACUGCUCGGGCUGCGCGGACCCGCGCGGGAUGUGGUCGCUGCUGGAGGCGGCGGGGGCGGACGUGGGCGCCGUCGACUCUGCAGGCCACACGGCCGCCUUCUAUAUGCAGCACCCCGAGCAGGCGCCCGCCAGGCCCAGCCACAGCGCCGCCAACGACGCCUCGCAGGCGCGCAAGCUCACCACCGGCAAGGAAGGUUUCGUGGUGACGCGGGCCAAUAUCCGCAUCUGGAUCCACGACCGCGACAUGGGCCGCCUGCAGCAGAUGCUGUGGGAGGGCCACGGCGACAAGCUGCGGGUCGAGACCAGCAACAACCCGCGCGUGCGCCGCCUGCUCGUCAGCGUGCCCUACAUCAUGGGUACCAUCCGGGACGUGCACAUGGGCGCCGUGACAAACGACCUGGCCCUCUUCCAGAUGCGCAGCGCCGACCCGGUGCCCGUGCAAAUCCUCGCCAGCAAGGACCAGAACGGCCUCACACCGCUGCACAAGGCGGCGGGCCUGGGCCACGAGCGCAUCGUGGACGACGUGCUGGAGCGGCUGCCCACGGCGGUCAGCAGCGCCGAUCACGAGGGCCGGCAGCCGCUGCACUACGCGGCCGCGCUGCGCGACGGCGGCGCCAUGUACGGUCGCCUCGUCGCCGCCGGCGCCGACGAGCAGGCGCUCGACAACCGCGGCCGCCCCGCUGCCUGGUACCGGGCCCACCCGGGCGAGCUAGACGCCAAGCUGCUGUCUGUCAUCCCAGAGGCUCCGAGGACGGCGUCCGUGGUGCCGCCCGGCUGGGACUGGCGCAUCGCGGGGGGCGGCGCGGGGGCGCCGGCGGGGGUGGCGGCGGCGGUCGCCGCUUCAGAGGCGCCCACCGCACCCGUCUCGCAGGUCACCACUCCCGUCUCGCCCAAGAGCAAAGACAGCGAUACAGAGCCGUCGCAGGAAGUGGCAUCGGAAGAACAGGUGAAGGCACCAGAAAUUAAGAAAGCAGCAGAGGGGCAGACGCCGGAAGAUGAAGUGGACGAAGGCGUAGGCGAAGAAGGCGACAAUGGAGAUGACGAAAGUGGUAGUGGGGGCAGAGACAGCGCACAGGCGGAACAGGAGGAGGAGCAGCAGAAGGGAGAGAUUGAAAAGGAAGCGGCCGAGGAGAGCUCUGGCAUAGGAGAGGGGGAACUGGCAACCGAACCGGAAAGCAGUCCGGAUGAAACUGUGGGAAUGGAGAAUGGAGAAGAGGAAGGAGAAGAGAAUGAGGGACCGACGGUUAGUAACGAGGAAAAAGGGGGCGACGGUGUCGACGAAGAGACUGGAGAAGGCACAGACAGAGAUGCAAGCAACGAGGACAACAGGGAUGAGGCGGAAACGGAAGAGGACGGGCAGAAGGGAGAGGAAGUGGAGAGGGAGGCGGCGGAGAGGGAGGAGGCGGAAAGGGAGGAGAAGGAACGGCAAGAGGCGGAGCGGCAGAUGCAGCUGGAGCGAGAACGCGAACUGGAGAGGGCCCUGGAUGAGCGGAGCAGGCGGCAGCGCAGCCAAGAGGUGAGCAAUGAAGACCUGGCAGAAACCAAAGAACAGCUGGGCGAUGAAGACGGCGGUAAAGAAGGCGGCGAAGAUGGCAGCGAAGAAGGUGGCGAAGAAGAUGAGAAAAAAGGUGGUGAAGAGGGCGGUGAAGAGGCCGGCGAAGCAGGUGAUGAGCCCGAGUCCAACGGCGACCACGAGAACGGCGUGGGCGAAGAACAGCCCGUGGCCGAGGGUGUGGUCACUGGAGAGGGGGCGGGCCAUGACGUGCAGCAGGGACAGGCCGACGUCUGGGUGCGCAGCGAGGAGGAAGACGAGGGCGAGCAAGCGGACGACGAAGACGCGGCAGGGGAGGAGGAGCAGCAAGACGCGGAGCAAGAGAAACCAGAGGACACUGAGCAGGCGGGAGACGAGGAGGUGUCGAGGCUGGUGGCGGCUGGCGACGUCGACCAGCUGGCGGCCAUGGUGCUCAGCGGCGACGGCGCCCGGCUGGCGGGGCUGCGCGCGCACCACCCCGACGUCCAGGCCUUCCUCGACAACGUGCCCGCCUACAUGGACAAGAUCGCAGCGGUGCACGCGGCCGCGCGCGCGGGCAGCGUGCGCGAGCUGCAGGCGGCUCUGGACCGGCGGCGCUUCGCGGUGGCGCGAGACGCCGGCUGCGCGGCGAGGCCGACGCCGCUGCACGCGGCCGUGCUGCUGGGACACACCGACGUCGUGCGCUACCUGGGCGCGCGCUUCCCGGAGACGCUGGCCGCCACCGACGCGCGCGGCCGCACGCCGCUCCACUACGCAGCCUGCCUCGCCGACAACGGCCACUACUACCACCUGCUGACCGCCCUCGGCGCCCGCGCAGAUGCUCUCGACCAGGACGGCCACACGCCAGAGUACUACCUCCAGCAUCCGGAUGAGCUGUCGCACCGGCAGCUGCUGCAGGACAUAGGAGCCGAUGAGACAGUGGCCGACAACCUUGUUGACAAAGUGGGCAGUCCCGACCGCGUGAGCUCGCGGCGCGACCUGGAGGAGGAGACGGCGCGCGCGCUGCUGCGCUGCUACCAGCAGCUGGACGUGGCGCUGGCCGCGCGCAGACACCUGCCGCCGCAGCGCUUCCAGCAGCUGAGCCGGCGUCAGACGCGCCGCGACCACUGCCUCCUCGACGUCAUCUGGCCCGCCGCGCGCCGCGACGCCGCCGUCACGGCCGCCGCCGCCGCCGGGAACGGUCCGCCUCCCGACCCCGACCAGCUGGACGAAGCCGUCUACCUGUGCGGCGGCGCGCUCGCUCCGGACGCCGAGUCUUACGCCGUGUUCGCGGAGCUGAUGGUACCCCUCGCGUGCGAACUCCACGUAUUGGCCGGACCUCACCAGGUGCCCGCAGACCAUCCCCCUUCUUCGUUCCGUAGCGACCGAGACCUCCGAGAGGGAGACGACGCCCUACUCACGCUCCCGGACGUCGACUCUUCCGGCAAGUGCGUGCGAGACUGCACCGGGGAGGUCUGUCGAAACCUGGACGGGUUGCCCCUGCCUCUCGGUAUGACGCUGUCGGAGCUGGAAAUGGUCGAGCGUAAAUUUCUGAACGAGCUGGAGGGCGGUGCCCUGGAGGGAGGCGACGUUUCGGACGGCAUCUACGUCACUCUACAAGACGUGCUCGACGGGAGGGGUGACCUUCUGGCACGGCUCCGCGCCGAGGGACUGGCCAUUCCGCUGCCGCCGGCGCAGACUGUGGGCUCCGCCAGUCUGAUCAACGGACCGCACUGGCCGCACGGGCGCGGCGUCUUCCUCAGCGCCGACGGCGAGGCGGCCGUCUGGCUGAACGUGCAGGAGCACCUGCGGGUGGUGGUGCGCGCGCGCAGGCCGGCCGACUGCGCGGCGCGGCUGGAGCGCGCGCUCGCGCGGCUGUCGGCGGCCGCGUCCGACGGCUUCGCGCGCGACCGCCGGCUGGGCUUCGUGGCGGCGCGGCCGUGCGCGCUCGGCUGCGCGCUGACCCUGACCGCGCGCGCGCGCCUCCCGCGGCUGUCGCGCGACCAGCGCGCGCUGCGCCGGCUGUGCGCGGCGCGCGGCCUGCGCGUGGGGACCGCCGGGCCGGCCCACGCGCCGCCGCUGCUGCUGCUCUCUGCACGCCGCCUACUCGGCGUCGACGAGAGCGCAGCUGCCGAGGAGUUCUGCACGGCGGUCGCCAACGUCGUCCAACUGGAGCAGACGGCAGCCGCUUCGGAAGGUUUCUUUGGUGGCAUAUUUAAGAAAAAGUGA